AUGCCCCACAUUCGAUUCCAUCACAUCCCCUUUCCCAAAAUACAAUAUUUUAAUUUCUUUUCAUUCUUCUUUGCAAUGGAAUCAAAUUCUAUCAUUUCAACCUCAACUAUAUCCAUAUUCAUAUCCGCUCAAACCAACAAAGAAAAUGUUCCACCAGUUUGCAAGAACAGGAUCUCAAUUUCUCGAAUUGCUCCUUCAUCAUCAUCAUCUUUCAAGAGCAAGAACAAGAAAAAGGCGAUUCAGAAAAAACUCAAAAGAGUUCCUCUUGCUGAUAUCACCAAUCUCUGCAACAUUUCUUCUACGUCUUCUUCAGCUUCAACCCAACCACUAAUUGGAGUCUCGGAUUCUUGGAGGGGAACGCCGAAACCUUUGAAUCUUGCUUCUAAAUCACUGAGGAUGGGAUUCAGAUAG